AUGAAAAGGCUAAUGAAGGCACUGGAGAGUUAUAUAGAACGGAAGGGAUUAGAGAUCAAUUUGAAGAAGACAAAGAUUGGUUUAGACGGUAAUGGGAUAUGGAGUGGAGAUAUGGAGCUGAAAAGAAAGAGAGAGGGUAAGGAAGAUACAGGACAGAUUCUUGAAAUGAGUUUUUGGGGUUGGGAGGUACACGCCGGAAUACAUGGAAAUCAAGAAAUAACUUGUGAGCAAGCACAAGCGCGAUUGGACAAGCUGCAAGAGCUGUGGCACGCGUUCAAUGAGAAUCAGACGCAGAUCGAAAUCCUCAAGGCAGGAGAGGAUGGAGAUGUGGAAGCAAUAGCACAACAAGAACUCGCAGAACAAGAGAUUUUCGAGUGGGCAUAUUACAGAGCAGUGGAUGAGGCUCGCGCGAUAAUAGCGGCGACCCAGGCGGCUGCGCAACCAGCAGCACUGCUAUUGCAAGACGCACGACAGGGCUUGCCUAUCUUUGCAGGCGAAUACGAUCAGUGGAUGUUAUUCAAGGACGCGUUUCAAUCCUUGAUUCAUGAUAAUCGCAAGCUGUCGGAUGUACAGAAGUUUCAGUACCUUCGAAGCACAUUGAAGGACGAGGCGUUGCAAGUCAUUAGUGGACUGAAUACGUCAACGGAAAAUUACCUUGUUGCAUGGGACUUACUGAAGAGUCAUUACGAGAACAAAAAACUAAUCAUAAAUAGUCAUUUAUCGAAGUUAUUAGAGUUCCCUGCGGUAACAAAAGAUAAGCAUGUAUCCCUCAAGCAGCCAGCCAACGGACCAAUGGGAUACGAUCAUCAUAUUCUUAGCAAGUUAGAUUAUUCGUCUCAACGAGCCUGGGAAGAAGAGAUUGGACAACAAGAGCAGGAUCACAUGCCUACAAUUGACGAAUUCCUCAAAUUUCUCAACGAGAGGUGUCGUACUUUGGAAAUGUUAGAUACUAAUAGCAACCGGCAGAAUGUAGAGCAUCAAAAUGUCGUAAGUGCUCAAAGCCCCACAACUCGUUAUUGCACUUCGAACACGAAGAUUCUUCAUCAAAAGAACCUCCGAAUAAACCUGCGGAAAAGAAGGAAGCGGUUGUUAUGCACUGUGUGCAAAGGGGCAAGCAAGAUUCAAAAACGCAAACAAGAUCGAAGCGCUCAAAGGAAAACAGCUCAGGGUGUUUUGGCUACAGCGCAAGUGUAUAUUUGGGACGGACAAGGUAAAAGGCAGACUUGUCGCGCACUGUUGGAUCCAGGAUCACAAUCCCACUUCAUAACGGAAGAUUUGGUAAGGAGAUUGCAAUUGCUUUGCAAGGCAACAUCGUUUUGUAUUACUAGCCUCGAGCGCAAUACAACGAAAAUAGAGCAGACCGCUCAAAUCCAGAUAGAAUCGCAGAAUACUGCGUUCAAGGCCGCAUUGAAAUGUUUGGUGGUCCAGAAAAUAGCGGAGAGAAUACCUCUGUUCAAGAUUGACAAGAAACUCGUCGGCAUUCCAGAAAACCUCAAAUUGGUGGAUCCUUCAUUUGAUCAACCAAGGCCGGUAGACAUUCUAAUAGGUUGCGGUCUGUUCUGGUCUUUAUUAAGCGUUGGUCAAAUUACAAACGGCAGAAGGCAUCCUGUCUGGCAAAAGACUCAGCUCGGUUGGGUCUUCAGUGGAGAAUUUGUCGGGGAGCAAACAGCUUCGACAGAGGAGGUACCGGAGAGCAGACAGCUUAGUGGUCCGGAAGCUUAUUGUGAAGAUUAUUUCAAAAGCACUACGACAAGAGAUAUUACAGGCAGAUUUGUUGUGCGACUACCAAAAAAAGAAGGAGUCGUGCUAGGGGAGUCAAGGCAGCAAGCAGUUAGAAGAUUUCGUGCGUUAGAACGUCGUUUUCGAAGACAGCCUUCCCUUAAGAGAGAAUAUACAAAAUUCAUGGACGAAUAUUUGCAGAAAGGCCACAUGGAGUUAGUGCCAUUAAACACAAUAGAAGAGAAAAAUGCAUGCUUUAUUCCACAUCAACCAGUGUUGAGACCUGACAACAUUACGACAAAACUCAGAGUUGUAUUCGAUGCCUCCGCGAGGACGGACAACAACAACUCAUUAAACGAUUUGCUAAUGGCUGGACCUAAUUUACAGGCUGAGUUGUUACAUAUUCUCUUAAGAUUUUGUAUUUACAAUUUUGUCAUUACAGGUGACAUCGCUAUGAUGUUUCGUCAGAUAACUGUUGCGAAAGCGGAUCGUAGUCUGCAGCUUAUCCUUUGGAGAAAGGAAGAAGAAGGGUCAUUGGAAGCAUUUUCGUUGAGCACCGUAACAUACGGAACCAAGUGCGUUCCAUUUUUGGUGAUGCGCUGCUUGAAGCAGUUGGCAGAAGAGAACGGCGAUCAAUUCCCAUUGGCUCAAAGGGCGUUAGUAUCGGACUUCUACAUGGAUGAUGUCCUAACUGGUAGCGACAAAUUGGAAGAGGCCAUCAGCUUACAAGGACAGCUUACUGAUCUGCUGGCAAAGGGUCAGUUUCCCUUAAACAAAUGGCGAUCCAACGAUAAUCGAAUUUUAAAGCAUUUGGCGCAAGAAGGCCUAACCGAAAAGUUGCUAGUAAUACACAAGGAUGCGCCGUUGAAAACAUUAGGAGUUUUAUGGAACCAUCGAGAGGAUGUUCUACAAUACAACGCGAGAGAGACGACAUCAAGUCGUAUAACGAAACGCAGCGUACUUUCUGAAAUCUCACAAACAUACGAUCCAUUAGGAUUACUUGGGCCUGUCAUGAUCGUUGCAAAAAUCAUGAUGCAACAAUUGUGGACGCUCAACUUGCAAUGGGAUGAAAGCCUGCCGCAAGAACUUCAUAUGACUCGCACUUUAGAUGGUAAACUUCAAUCGCAGCUGCUCUGCGCCAAGUCGAGAGUAGCCCCGUUGAAGAUCAUAACAAUCGCUAAGUUAGAAUUGUGUGCCGCAUUGUUGCUAGCUAAGCUGUACAAGACAGUGCAGGAAGCUCUUGGAAAUAAAAUAGCAGACGUACGAUUUUGGAGCGGCUCAACCAUUGUGUUAGGUUGGAUUCGCACGUGCCCUAGCACCUUAAAAACAUUUGUAGCGAACAGGGUUUCGCAAAUACAAAUUCUUGGAUCGCAAUACGUUUGGCAUCAUGUGCCGUCAGCAGAAAAUCCUGCGGAUAUUUUAUCCAAGGGAACAACGAUUGAAGAACUACAGACUAAUCGAUUAUGGUGGCAUGGCCCGUGGUGGCUGCAAGAAGAGAAUUCAUGGCCUGAGCAACCAAGCAGCGUGAGGGAGUUACCAGAGAAGAAAACUGUAGUCAGUUUCGUGACAACGAUCCAAGCCUCAGAAGUGUUACCUUCAGUCUCAACAUUCAAGCGGCUGUUUCGAAUUGUUGCAUAUUGUUAUCGAUUUGGAGCUCGACAUAACUCAAAGGUCGAAACCGGAGCAUUGACAGUAGCAGAGCUUACAAAAGCAGAAACAGCAGUUGUGAAAGUAGUUCAGAGGGAAGCCUUCGCUCAAGAAUACAGAGAUUUACAAAAAGGUCAACCAGUCAAAGAUAACAGUCAACUAGCAGCAUUGGAUCCUUUCUUAGACAGCAGAGAUCUCAUAUGUGUUGGAGAUCGGUUGCAGCAUUCAAGGCUAACGGAGGAAGCGAAGCAUCCGAUCGUGUUGCCAUCGAAGCAUCACGUUACCAGAUUAAUUUUCAAAGAUGAACACGUGCGUUUACAUCACUGUGGAGCAGAGCAGUUGUUGGCAUCAGUUCGACAGAAAUACUGGGUUCUUUCGGGAAGAAAGGUGGCUCGGAAGAUAACCCGCUCUUGUGUACAUUGUUUUCGAUGGCGACCAAGUAGCCUGCAGGUCAAAAUGGGCAAUUUGCCUGAGGCAAGAGUCGCUAAUUACGUUCGUCCCUUUGCCAUAACCGGAGUGGAUUAUGCCGGCCAUAUCAAGAUCAAGGAGAGUAGGCGUCGUGGGAGAGUGCAUAGUUCCAAGGCCUACAUAGCAUUGUUCAUCUGCUUCCACACUAAAGCAGUGCACCUUGAAUUAGUGACAGAUCUAACGACUGAAUCAUUUUUGGCUGCUUUGCCUCGGUUCACAGGGCGCAGAGGUAUUUGUUCGCAAUUACAUUCAGACAAUGCGACAAACUUUGUCGGAGCAGAAAGGGAGCUUCGUGAGAUCUACGAUUUCUUGCGAGGGCAGAAUGAAGUAAUACAGGCGGAGCUCGCCAAUCAAAGGAUCGAGUGGUACUUUAUACCACCGACAGUACCCAAUUUCGGAGGACUCUGGGAGUCAAACAUAAAGAGCAUGAAGAAACAUUUCUACGUCGUGACCAAAGGACUCACAUUGACAUUUGAAGAGUGCUACACUUUACUGGUAGGAAUUGAAGCUGUUUUGAAUUCGAGGUCGCUUACUCCUAUAUCCAGCGACGUUAAAGACUUGUCAGUCCUAACUCCAUCGCAUUUCUUGAUUGGAGAACGUUUAUCACAACCAGUGGAAAGAGACCAUUUACAAGAGCCAGAUAACAGACUAAAGAUUUGGCAACAUUUACAAAAGCCACCACUGGCGUUAACAAAUUUGUCUUUGGCUUUCACACACAAGUUCCGACCAGCGUCGGUCAGUAGUCUAUCAAUUGUCAAUCUCACGGAUCGUUGCGGCGCGAUUUUAACUGCGAUCGUUCUCGGUCGAAUCACUCUGAGAGUCUGGUGGAGCGGCGAGAUCUUCGGCAGAGCGACCGAUCGACGGGAACAAUUCGGGGGAAAGAUCUUUCCGCAGGAAAUCGUCUAA